ACCAGCAUUCCCGAGCCAGAGAGGCAACGGGACAAGUAACACACUGGCUGUAGAACGAUGGACACCCGGCAAGGUGCCAUCACAAGCCAGCCUCUCGUACCUCAUUAUACCGCAUUUGUGCCACAGAAGAUUCGGCUCAACCAAGUCCACCCGGGCUGCUUGUGAGCAUGAGCUAGCCUGUGUCCUGAUGCCCCGGUGCCUGGUUAUGAGAUAGCCAUGGAGGCUGUCAAGGAGGAAGAUGCCUGCGGCACCCGCUGUGUGCGGGGUCGCUUAGUGACCAAGGCCAGUCGGUUAUCUGCGGUAGCGGCGUGGUGUUUGACUAUCAUUCUUUUUUCCCUUCACCCUACAAAUGCUGAAUCUGUCCUGAUAGAUGAAAAAACAACAAUAAUCCUUCCAGCUGGCAAAUACCACCACAGUGACCCCGAGUCUAAAACGGAGCUCAUCUGUGACAAAUGUCCUGCAGGAACCUAUGUGUCUCAGCACUGUACGGAGUCGGCGCUCAGAGUCUGCAGCUCUUGCCCAAAUGACACCUUCACAAAGCACGAAAAUGGGAUUGACCGGUGCCACGCAUGCAGAUCGCCUUGUGAGCAACCCUUCAUUGAGAAAACACCCUGCACUGCCUUGUCUGACCGCGAGUGCACUUGUCAAUCUGGACAAUAUGUUUUGAAUGGCACCUGUACUUCUCACACCGUAUGCCGAGUAGGAUGGGGUGUCCGGAAGAAAGGAAGCGAGACCGAGGAUGUCAGAUGUAAGAUAUGCACCCGCGGUACUUUUUCUCAUGUGCCUUCUACUGUGAUGAGAUGCAAGACCCACACAAAUUGUUCAGAGCUUGGUCUGGUGGUUCUAAGACCUGGAACAAAUAAACGGGACAAUGUUUGCGGACCACUUACUUCCUCAUCUCCUGCAGAUAUAAAUGCUACUCAACAAGAAUUUGAUCCAACAGAUGUUUACAAUGAAACUACAAAGAAAGACACACAAUACUUGAACACAACAGAUGGUUGGGAUGCGGGGCACCCACAAAAGCAUAAAAAUGAAGAAUUGGUGACUGAUGAUCUCCAGCAGCCUGGAGUAGUGAGUGGUAGGGGAGAUAACGUGAGGAACACUGGCCUUAAGACCACUAAAAGAGGACCUCGGCAAAGCCAGCAGCAUUUUGACAUUAAUGAGCACCUCCCCUGGAUGAUUGUUCUUUUUUUGCUGCUGGUUCUUGUAAUCAUUGUGGUUUGCAGUGUCAGGAAAAGCUCCCGGACCCUCAAAAAAGGACCAAAGCAAGAUCCUAGCUCUAUUGUUGAAAAAGCCGGCUUUAAAAAUUCUAACGCCCUGGCACAGAACCGGGAGAAAUGGAUCUACUACUGCAAUGGGCAUGCUAUUGACAUUUUGAAACUUGUAGCUGCCCAGGUCGGCAGCCAGUGGCAGGAUAUUUACCAGUUCCUGUGCAGUGCGAAUGAGCAGGAGGUAGCGGCCUUCUCCAAUGGGUAUACAGCGGAUCAUGAGCGUGCAUAUGCAGCCUUACAGCACUGGACAGUCCGAGGCCCAGAGGCCAGUCUCGCAAAACUCAUCAGUGCUCUGCGUCAGCACAGGCGUAAUGAUGUGGUAGAGAAGAUCCGAGGUCUCAUGGAGGACACUGUGCAGAUUGAAACCAGCAAGCUUACCCUUCCAGUGAAUGCCAACCAGCCAAUGCCAACACUAAGUCCAAGUCCUAACCCUCCCAACGCCACUGUUUUAACAGUGGAACCAUCUCCCUUGGAAAAAAACAAAAGUUUCUUCGCUGAUGAGUCAGAGCCCCUCCUCCGAUGUGAUUCUACGUCUAGUGGGUCCUCUGCUCUGAGUAGAACAGGCUCAUUUAUUACCAAAGAAAAGAAAGACACUGUAUUGCGCCAGGUUCGUCUGGAUCCCUGUGACCUGCAACCCAUUUUUGAUGACAUGCUUCAUAUCCUCAGCCCAGAGGAGCUUCACGUCAUAGAAGAAAUACCACAGGCUGAAGACAAGCUGGAUCGUUUGUUUGAGAUUGCUGGAGUCAAAAGUCAGGAAGCCAGCCAAAAACUACUUGACUCUGUCUACAGUCACCUCCCUGACCUGCUGUAGCAUGCGGAAAACCAUUCAAGCUAUAGUCAGUUCCCCUGGUCAAGCAGAUUUCACUGCAGCAAAUGGCAACCCACUUUGGUUUGAAGGCACUUGGAAUGGAAACAUUUUCAACUGUUGAAUUGAGCUUCAGAUAUGUAGCCACUUAUGAUACCUACAUGGAGAGCUGCAAGUGCUGAAAUACUGCCAAUCCCAACCUUUUUAUUUUGCUUUUGUGAAGCUAUGUAUAUAUUGCAUCUUUAUUAUUUAAAGGGAUAUGAAAACCAACAAUUUUCUUUUAUCAUUUGGACAAAGCAUACAAUUUUAUAAAAGUUACCAAUUUAAUUCUAUUAUCAAUUUUGUGUUGCUCUUUGUUGUAGAGAUACCUAGGUAGAUGUCUGUAGCACUACCUGGCAGGACAUAGUGUUGCCAUCUCAUGCUCUUGCAUAUGGAUAACAUUCUUGCAAAACUGCUGCCAUAUAGUGAUCUAGACGUGUGCACGCUCCUGAGCUGAUGUCCCUGCUUUCCAAUGAAGGACACUAAGAAAACAAAGAAAAUUUGAAAGUUUUUAAUAUUGCAUGCUCUAGCUGAAUCGUGAAUGAAAAGAUAACGUGGGUUUCAUGUCCCUUUAAGGUGAUAAGAGAAUUAAUAUUUCUAUUACUUAGUCUUGUACUUUUCCAUCGUAUUAAAUAAACCUGCAUAUUCUGUUUAGCAAGUGCAGGACUCCAGGGUAUCUUGCUACAUGACCCAGAUUAUGGCAGAACUCUUUGAACUUUGACAGUUAUCUUAACUCUGUAAAUGACAGAGCUCACUCAUGUCAUAUAGUAUUGUUCUGCACAGCUACAGAUAUUAAUACCUUGUGUUGUGGGUCAAUUCCCUUCCCAAAUGGGGUUAGCAAGCAACAAUAUAACUAUUCUGAAUUA